AUGCAGCGCGCAAGCACCCUAGCACUCAUCUGUCUCCUGUUCGUCUGCCUCGAGGCAGCCCAAGCGUUGGCAACCCCGCCUAUCAAGUGCGUCAAGUGGUACAACUCGCCGAACCAACCGCCCGCCACCGGCACCUGGUCCUACCAAGCCAAGGUGUCGCCGCUGUGCCGGGAGGUGGUGUACGGAGGUGCGCGUGGCUGGUACCUCAACGGCUCGCAGACCGACCUCACCCAGCCCAACGGCGAGUACAUCCGCAUCAAGCAGACCUUCCUCAACAUCAAGGCCGUCGUCGAGGAGACCGGGGCUACCCUUCAGGACAUCACCUUCCUGCACGUGGCCUGCAACGACCUCGUCAGGUGCCGCCCGAUCGUGAACCAGGUGCAGAUCGAGCUGUGGGGGCCCAUCGACCACGCCAACCCCAACCACCCGCCCCGCGGCAUCUUCGGCGACCUCACCUUCAACGGUCUCGACUGCCUCCGCGCCGACGGCAGCUACUACCGGGGCGCUGUGGGCUCCACCGGUCAGGUGGUCUGUCAGCCUGGCGACAAGCCCAUCGGCGACAUCAUCGAGAUCAGCCCUCGCUAUGCCGUGCCCAUCCAGAACUCGUUCCCUUUCUGA